AUGUCUGAAUUUGGGUCCAAAGUUGCUGAACAUAAAAAUACACAGAAUGCAAAGAGGGAGAAAAACCGAAUAGCUCAGCAAAAGCACAGACAAAAAAAGAAGGACCAUAUCAACAAGAUGAUGACUAUACUACAGAAGGUGAAGCUUGCAGCCGCUGAGAAUGACAUCGGACAAAUCCAGGAACUUGUGAAAACUCCGACUAUCAUACUGCCGGUUCAGUCGACUCUGACAAGCGGACCCGGUCAGGAACAGGAACAAGGGUCUUCUCUGGAAAUGGAGGAACUCUUCUCUAUUGCAGGCGCUUCUUGUUCGCCACAGCUCCCUACCGAGGUGGAGGCCAGCCAGAUGGUGGACAGUGCAAUGAUUGAACAGGCGGAAACGCCGGGGUCACUUGCUUCUACAACGUACGACAUGACUGGCCUUGUCUCACAAAGCUUCUUUCAACCUUCCAUGGACCCUCUUUUCUGGGACAUGGGAAGUCUGUUGCCACCAUCUCAAAUGCCAUAUUUCGAUACCCAAUCACCGUGGCACCUAUUACCACCAGUGGUUCCACCAAACCCCUGGCAAGGUUAUCCAGCCAUCAUGGCUGGUAUGUAG